CCAGAUUCUAGCAAUGGCCACAAUACUGCAUUACUGACAGCAAUUUCAAAUAAGGAAAGAGAUAUUAAUAUGAUACUAGCUCUUCUCGAGUUUUCCUUGUGUAUCCCGGAGAAAUGCUGGCGUGUGGCGGGAAAUCUUGGAGAUCGAGAUAUUAUCGUGGCAUUUUGCGAGAAGCAAAGUUCUCUAGCAAGGUUCAAUAGCUCCAUUUGCACCACUGCGGCACUAAACCACUGUCUUGCUGGUGCUGCAUGCAAAGGGGAUCUUGAUAUUAUCAAUAUGCUCCUUGGUUAUGGAGCCGAGAUUCAGGACGAAGCAAUCGAUUGCGCAUGUCGAUCAGGGAAACCAGAAGUUACUCUGUUCUUACUAAAAAGGGGUGGUAAAGCCAACUCUUCACACAUCAAGAUAGCAUCUGAGGGUGGAUUCACUUCCAUCGUGAAACAUCUCGUCGACUUCGGGGCCAAACCAACCCUGGAAGCGCUGCUAGUCACCAUUAGGGGUGGGCAUCACAGCACCUUUGAGUUCCUCCAUUCGAAUUAUCCGCAUCUCCUCGGCCAGGACCAGGGCCGGGGUGGCACGGAUGCCAUGGAAACAGCCUACGAAAGUGGACACAGUGUUAUUGUCAUUCGGUUAAUGGAGCUAGGAGUUCCACUGCCUGGGGCCCUUGCCAACAAUUUGCGCGAGUCUCGGAUGCGUCUAAAACGAAAAGCUCAAUGGGUUGAAUUCACUUCAGAUGAAAACAGCACUUGGUCAAGAGGCGAUACUGAAUUGCACAGGGCUGCCACUCGAGGGCAUCAUGAAAUUGUGCAACUUCUCCUAGACCAAGGAUUCGAUCCUAAUAUUGAGGGCAGUUAUCAAGAAAAUCCGCUACAUCGAGCUUGUCAAUACGGCAAGACAGAAGUUGUUCGAGUUCUCUUGAAGGCUGGUGCUAAUGUGAAUGGCACGAAUGGUUCUAAACUUCGCAACCCCCUUGGAUACUGCAAAUCAACUGAAAUCAGAGAUAUCCUUAAGGCAGGUGGUGCUAUCUCCUGGGCAUACGCAAAUGGCGGCUGGGAGAAAUUAUAAUAACCUGUAAACAGUCCGACUAAGGUUCUCGCAUUUGAAACAAAAGAUCUGGACUCAUAUGCUUAUGUCCUGAUUUAGUGAGAAAAUGUUUUCGCGAAAGAAGCAACAUCAGGUGUGGUUUUUCUAGCUUUGAGCUUGAAUCCAUUUCUCAUGCUUUUCGAAAUCGCCUAGAAUCAAUCGUCGGUGGCGGCACAUUCAUUCUCUGCGACACGUACUAUAAGUCCCGACCGGAAAGUACCUUCAAUCCAGCUUGAAGCGAAGUGCAUGGGUACACGUCCUUGACUUGAGAAGAUGAGAGCUUCAGCUUCCUCGGCAAUCUUUCUUGAGCUUCCUCGCUUGGAAGUAGUGCAAAGGGUUCAAGAGAAGCCAUAGCCAGAUCAAACCCAGUGUCA